AUGGCUGAAACCGCACAGCGACAUCCAAACCUAAACCUCACGCCCGAGGAGAAGCGCGUCUUCUACCAGCUAUUUCAGGCCGCUGACACGACCAACCUCGGCGUUAUUACUGGCGAGAUCGCGGUCCCAUUCUUCGAGAAGACGCAUCUUCCUGGCGGCGUCCUUGGAGAGAUCUGGCAGAUUGCGGACAGAGAGAACAGGGGUCUCCUCACCCCGGCUGGAUUUGGAGUUGUUCUUCGAUUAAUUGGACAUGCUCAAGCUGGACGUACACUAUCCGCUGAGCUAGCUUUGCAGCCCGGCCCGCUUCCCCGAUUCGAUGGAAUCUCAGUCGACACAACAGCCCCUGCACCGGAGCCGAGCCCUGCGAGCCCCCCACCUGGCGCAUCUGGCCCCAUUCGUGUCCCUCCGCUACAGCCCGAUGAUGUUAAUAAGUUCGUUUCGCUCUUUGAGAAGUCCGAAGUCGUGAAUGGAGUUAUGUCAGGCGACAUUGCCAAGCAAAUAUUCGAGCGAGCAAGACUGCCGAAUGAGGUUCUGGGUCGUAUAUGGAAUCUUUCUGACACACAGCAGCGCGGUGCUCUUGAUUCCACGGAAUUUGUCAUUGCCAUGCAUCUUCUGACGUCGUUCAAGUCUGGUGUGUUGCGUGGUAUCCCCCAGACUCUUCCGCCUGGUUUAUACGAAGCUGCAUCCCGUAGGGCCCCUCCUGCAAGGUCAUCCUUUGGUGCUCGGCCCGAAGUUCCACCCGUACCUUCGAUUCCCAGGCAAUUUACUGGCUCCCAGCGCACUGCCAGCCCCAUGAACAAUGCUCCCGUUCCGCAGUUCGGAGGCCCACUUUCCGCUCAGACAACGGGUGGAGAGUGGCUCAUUUCUCCACAGGAGAAGAUGCACUUUGAUGGAAUAUUCGAGACUGUUGAUACCGCCAAGCGUGGAAUGAUCACAGGUGAUCAAGCUGUUGGUUUCUUUAUGAAGGCGCAACUACCAGAGGAGGUUUUGGCCCAAAUCUGGGAUCUUGCUGAUAUCGAUGCCGACGGACAGUUGACGCGCGAGGAAUUUGCCGUGGCUAUGUAUCUGGUGCGAUUGCAGCGUGGCGGAAAGGAGCCUCUGCCGCAAGUGUUGCCUCCUGCUUUGAUUCCGCCUAAUAUGCGACGCCAAGCCCCGGGGCCAGCUCCGAUGGCCGCCCCUGCACCGCCUGCUCCUGCACCUGCACCUGCACCCAUUCCACGAUCUGCUGCGGAUGACUUGUUCGGUUUGGAUUCACCACCAGCGCCUGCUCCUGCCCAACUUCAGAUGCCUCAGUCUACCGGUGGCUCUGGCGCAUGGCAUACACCUACUUCUCCCGCUUCUAGGGCUUCCCCGCCAACGACAUCGACCACCUUCAAGCCAUUCGUGCCGACAUCUUCAUUCGGCCAAAGUUUACAACCGCAGUCAACUGGGGCGUCUUCUGGACACCCGGGUUCGAUUCGCUCCCCUCCACCGCCAUCCGAUGAUUUGCUGGGCGAUAACGACCCGGAGGAAUCCCAGAAGCUGACACAGGAGACAACUGAGCUUGCAAACUUGUCAAACCAAAUUGGAACACUGUCUAAGGAGAUGCACAAUGUCCAACAGAAGCGCACAACUGCUGAGCAGAACAUGACCCAAAGUUCGCAGCAAAAGCGGGACUUUGAGACCCGGCUUGCACAAGCACGCACUAUGUAUGAACAGGAGCUGGCAAGCUUUAAGGCGCUAGAGGAGCGAUUGAAGGCAUCCAAGGCUGAGACUACCAAAUUGUCUCAAGAGUACGCCCUGAUUGAAGGGAGUCGUCAGGAUUUGGCAACCCAGUACAACCAGAUCUCGACCGCACUGGCUUCUGACCAACAGGAAAACGCUAGCUUGAAGGAAAAGAUUCGCCAGGCGAAUGCCGAGGUGGCGCAGCUCAAGCCAGCGCUUGAAAAGGCACGCUCCGAUGCUCGUCAGCAGAAGGGACUAGUUGCAAUCAACAAGAAGCAGCUAGCUACUGUGGAGGGUGAACGCGACAAGGCUCAGGCCGAAAUUGACGAUAUUGCCAGAGAAACCCCACAGUAUACUGAGGAUGUGACACCCGCCAGCAGCGCUGCUGAGGUUGUUAGUCCUGCUGCUUCCACCACCAGCCAGAAUACCAACCCCUUCUUCCGUCGAACUGCGACAGGUAACUCAAGCGAUCGUGCUCGCUCUCCUGACUCUGCCAGUGACCAGCAGAAAGCCUUUGACAGUCUCUUUGGUCAAACCUUUGCCAGUCCCACGAAUGCCGGCCCGCCGCCGACCUCUUUUCGUGCAGAGUCCCCGUUGGCAACAGCUAAGUCGCCCGUUACAUCUAAUGUGCCAACCCCAUCUGCGUCUCCCGCUCCUGGGUCUGUCCCUGGAUCCGUGCCGGGAGCUUUCCCCGAGCCCCCGCCCCCGAGCUUGUCCCGACAACUCACCCCAAACUUUUUGCCAUUCAAUGAGAAUCAAUCUGUGACCUCGUCCACCAUGGUGUCUCCGCCGGCUAGCAGAUUUGGCCAAGAUACCUCCGGUUUUGGGACACCUUCUCAGGCUCCUACCAGUGAAGCUGGAGCUCCGUCAGUGACAGAGUCAAGUGACUAUAGCCAUCCAGCCGGUUCGACUGCCGAAGCCACCCCGGCACGUUCUCCAUUCGAGGAGAUGCCGCCAGCUACCGAGGCAUCUACUACCGCUGCUGAACCAUCUGCCACUUCUCCACUUAGCGCAGAGAGUCAGGAGCCACCCAAGGACCUGUCCUUCGAUGAGCUGUUCGGCAGUAAGGCGCACAAGCGGUCUGAAUCCCAGAAGGAGAAUGACUUCGAGGAGGCUUUCGCAUCUAUGAAGCCCGCUGGUGGACCAGCUGUUGGACCAGCAACUGCUGCUGCCGCUACCUCGGAAUUUCCUCCCAUCCAGGAACUCCAUCACGAUGAUGAAGAAGAUGAGGACAGCUCGGACGAUGAGGGCCCUUUAGGGUUUGAUGACAACUUCACUCCUGUCGCGCCCACAGGUACUCAGAAGGAACAGCCCGCUGAUUCGAUCGACGCUGCUCAACUUGCAGCGUUCCCGUCUCCGGGAACUGCUGGGGUUUCGGGACAGCCCCCAGCUGCCGAUGCUCAAACCAGCCCUCCCCAGUAUGACAAUGACACAUCUAACGAGGCCCCUGAAUUCAAUGGCUUGCUGCCCACCCGAUCUGAUCCCACUGCCGCACCUGAUGCUCCUCACUCUUUAGAAUCCACGACUGGCGCACCGAUCAUUGACAAUCACCCCCAGCGGGAAGAGGCUGCUCCAGCCUCAGUCCCAGCCCCAGCCCCAGACGCCAGCGCUGCCAGCGGUGUGAAGACAAACGCCCCUGACUUUGAUGCUGCCUUUGCUGGCCUCAACCUGGCCCCUGCUCAGGAAGCAGAGGAUGAUGACGACGAGCCCGAAGCUCUAAACAAGAACACAGAUUUUGACUUCUCCUUCGACUCUCCGUCUCACUCCAAGCAUGAAGCCACAUCCAGCACUGACGCCGGCAACACUGGCUCAUCCGAAUUCUUCUCAUUUGACAACAACCUCCAUGCGACCGCGCAGCCUACAGGAUCCGCCAAUGGAGGCGAUGCUGCCAACCAUGACUGGGAUGCCCUUUUUGCCCCUCUGCAAAAUGCGAAGCCUGCCUCUGAGGAAGGUACCAGCACUUUCGACCCUAAGAAGCCCGGCUGGGCUCUCAAUACCGACACCGGCGAAGAUGAUCUGAUUCUGCAGCGACUGACUGGUAUGGGUUUCCCUCGUGACGACUCCCUCACAGCGUUGGAGAAGUUUGACUACAACCUUGACAAGGCCGCCGACUACUUGACGUCUAAGUAG